GCAGCCUCAGUGGCUGCAGAACCCUCUUUGCCUGAAGUUCCCAGACAGAGCCCCAGCCUGCCCAAAGAUGGCCUGGAGACAACUGUUCCUCAUCUCCUGUCUCUCCACUGUUGUGCUCCUGUCCAUACUGCAGGAGGGGACCAGUGCAUCAGUAGGUACCAGGCAGGUGGCAGGACAAGAGGUCCAGGAAGGCGUCAAAGAGAAGAUUUUCAUGCAGGAAUCAGAUGCCUUGAAUCUCCUCAAGAAGCGCAGCAAGCGGUCUCCCAGAUCCCGAGAUGAAGUCAAUGCAGAGAACAGGCAGAAGCUGCGGGCGGACGAGCUGCGGAGAGAGUAUCACGAGGAGCAAAGGAACGAGUUUGAGAACUUCGUGGAGGAGCAAAACGACGAACAGGAAGAGAGAAGCCGGGAGGCCGUGGAGCAGUGGCGCCAGUGGCAUUAUGAUGGCCUAUACCCAUCCCAUCUCUACAACCGCCACCAUAUCUGACCUCAACCUAACAGACCCAGAAGGCAGAGCCUGAGAGGUCCGCUACCCUGACCAACCGCAGUGUUCAGGCAUCUCUGCUGCCUGCUAACCAGUCAGUGACAGGGCCUCAGCCUGGGGGCUUCUGUUCUGAUGGAUUGAACACCCUGGCUUCCGCCUCCUGGCAGGUAUUUCCUGAGGUGAGCCAACACCUGUGGGGCCUGUGGCACUAACCCUACAGCUGUUUUCCCUUGCUUUGCCAUUGUUCCCAAAGUGAGCCUCCCAUAGAACAAAGAAUCCCAGUAAAGAGAAAAGCUGAAAAAUAAAAAUGCUGAGUCAAUACUCUA